CUUGCAGCUCGUGGACACAAAGGAGGAAGCCUCAGAUCAAUCUCAAAAGCUGUUGUUAUUGUUCUUAGGGAAGCACUUAGUGCAAAAGGAGAGAGGACAUUUACCGAUCAAGAGUUUCCUCCAGAUGACCGAUCUUUAUACGUGGAUCCACGGAACCCUCCUCUAAAAUUGCAGGUUGUUUCUGAGUGGAUGCGGCCUUCUGACAUAGCAAAGGAGACAUCUAUUAGUUCUCAACCAUGCUUGUUCUCUGGUUCCGUGAAUUCCUCGGACGUAUGCCAGGGUCGGUUGGGAGACUGCUGGUUCUUGAGUGCAGUUGUAGUUUUAACUGAGAUGUCUCGUAUAUCUGAAGUUAUAAUCACUCCAGCAUACAAUGAAGAAGGGAUUUACACUAUACGAUUCUGCAUUCAGGCAGGAACAUGAGCAUGCUCUCUGGGAAUUCGCAAGGCGUUGACGGUCUUAUAUAUGUAUUGCUGCUCUUUGUCAGAAACCAAAUAAGUAACAUUUCUAUGUUGCUGCUCACUGAUCGAUGCUAAAUAUAUGGCUUGUUCUUGAGGAUUGUUUUCACUUUUUGAUUCAUAUGGAAUUUGAGAAUACGGUUGACAUUGGUUUGUUUCAGAAUAAAUGAUUGUGACAGCCCGAUGCCGACGUUCCAGAA